AUGGAGUACGGUGAGAGCGAGGGCGAUCGCGCGCGAUCGGCGAGCGACCCGGUGCGAUCGGCGCAAGGAUGGGUCAUCUUGGUCACCGGCGUGCACGAGGAGGCGCAGGAGGACGACGUCUACGAGGCGUUCGCGGAUUUCGGCGAGAUAAAGAGCUUACACCUGAACCUCGACCGACGGACGGGAUUCGUCAAGGGUUACGCCUUGAUCGAGUACGGGAGCAAGGACGAGGCGCAGGCGGCGAUCGAUGGGAUGCGAGGCGAGUCCGUGCUCGACGUCCCGGUCGAGGCGAGCUGGGCCUUCGUGCGCGGACGCACGCGUGAUCGACGAGACUGA